AUGGACCAUGAACAUUACCGGAGGGUAUCUACCAAUAUCACCCAAUGUCCCGGUUCCUCCCAUGAUGACCCCUGCCACACCAACGUCCCAGGCGUGGGUUUGAUACCAUCCGGACUCGUGCUUUGGACCAUUGCGGCGUUGCUUCUAUGCUUUUGGCCAGUGGACAAGGCCUUUCCUCGGGUCGUGGAGUUGGUAUCCCUCCUGACGGUGCCCAUUUGCAGUACAUUGCUCCAGGGCAGCACGGAGCCGACUCUGGAAUUAUCUGUGGCAAAGGUGCACCACUGUCUGAAGCUGGUCUUGCAGCAGUUACGGGUACCCUUGCAACUGGCGCUCCAUGAAGGUGAGGAUGCAGGCCAUCGGUUGAGGCAGCUGUGGCAACUUCUCACAGGCCUUGACCAACAGCUUGAAGCCCAAUUCACCUCGAGCGUGUUGCAGUCCACUUGGAAACAGACUUCGGCCGAGAAGGCCGAUUUGAGCUGUUUGGCCAAGGCUGCGGCCUGGUGGCAGCCUUGCGAGAGCAAGGGCAGCAAGGGCAGCAAGGGCAGCAAGGUGCUCCCCGAAUCGCUUCCGGGAAGUCCAAGGAGUCCCUGCAGUCAGCGCAAGGAGGUGAGAGAGACAGGACUUUUGGAGGUUUCAACUUCAAUUGGCUCCAUGACACAAUGGGAAGUCCUUCCGGACGGGGUCCGUAUGGAGUUGGAAAUUGACUUGGAAAGAGAGUCGAUGCGAGUCACAGAGGUGAAAUUUUAUCUUCCGCAAGAAGAGCGUGAUGCUUUUCAUUUGAAGAGCCUCUUCGCGGAGGAGGAUUAUGAAAACUUUCGCAAUUGGUUGGAGCCGGAGGUGAAUCGAUCUAUGCACGGCACAGCUAUUGGCGAAAGCACAUCCUGCGCAAUGCGGCUGCCGAUCGGAGGACGUGUGAAUGGUAUUCUGGCGGUGGAUGGAUUGAAUGGCUUGAGGCUGCGGUGUUCCAUGACCCAAAUGAGCGUGGACAAAAGUUGAGACCAUCAACGUCGCAAUCUUUGGCAUUUUAUGAUGUCUGAACAUGUCGGCCUAAAACCUGGGCUGGUGGUUUCAGCAUGUUUCAGCCA